AUGUCGGGCUCAUCGGGCGAUUCGGCCCUCGACACGACCGAUCCCAAUGCCCAUUCCGCCUCGGACAGCACUGGAAGGAGUCUGGUGGCCUUGUUAGCCUCUGUAGCGGCUUCGUUCGCUGUCUUCGGUGUCCAGACAGGACUCUUCCUGCUCUUGAGGAACAAGCUCGCUCGAAUUUUCAAGCCCAAGACAUACCUCGUGCCGGAACGCGAACGAACAGAACCACCCCCCGAUAGUCCAUGGGGUAUGGUCAAUGCCCUGCUGCGAUUCCGAGACCGAGAGAUCAUAAAAAAAUGUGGACUCGACUCCUACUUUUUCCUGCGCUACCUGCAGACCCUCCUGAUCAUCUUCAUUCCUAUGGCCCUGAUCAUUAUUCCUAUCCUAGUCCCUAUCAACUAUGUCGGAGGCGUCAGCAACGACUUCAAUGGCAGCACCACAGAUACCGCGGACGAUAGCACCCCCAGAGGCCUGGAUACUCUUGCCUGGGGUAAUGUCAGCCCGUCGAAAACGCACAGAUAUUGGGCCCAUCUUAUAUUAGCCCUGCUUGUGAUCCUUUGGGUGUGCGGUGUGUUCUUUGCCGAGAUGCGGGUUUACAUCAAAGUGCGUCAGGAUUGGCUCACCACAGCAGAGCACCGUCUGCGAGCCUCCGCAACUACCGUCUUGGUUAGCGCCAUACCUGAUAAGUGGCUCUCUGAAGAAGCUCUUCGCGGCCUGUUUGAUGUGUUCCCGGGCGGUCUUCGGAAUAUCUGGCUCACGAGGGACCUCCAACCCCUGCUGGACAAGAUCAAGGAGCGCGAUGAAAUACACAAGAAGCUCGAGAGUGCCGAGACCGAGCUGAUUCGUGAGGCAAAGAAGAAACAGCUGAAGAAAAGAGACGCCGAUGAGAAGAAGGCCCGGAAGGAUUCAAAGACCAAGGCGCCAACGAAAGCAGAGAAGGCUCAGCGUCAGCAACAAGAGGAUGUCGCAGCCCAGUUGCAGGCAGAGAGCGGCGCUGGCGCUAGCAGCGGUGACCACCACGAAGUACCUCAUGACAUCAAGGAAGGAGUAGAGGAGGCCCGCGAUGUGGACGAAGAGCGUGGGGAGCAUGAUGACGAUGAUCAUGGACGAACGUCGCGUGACGAAGGUGGCCUGAUGAAGAUUCCGGUUCUUGGCUCUGGCUUGUCCAAACUAACUCACGGUAUCGGCAGAGGAGCUGACGCCGUCGGCAAGACUGGAUACGGUAUCCUUGGGGGUGCCAAAAACGUUGCCGGGACGCUCGACAACCAGCUCGAGACGACUAACGGCUUUGUGACGAUAGCACCGUCAGCAGCGAGGUCGUCCACGCCAACAAAACGCAGCUUGGACCGCCGUGUACAACUUCCGGCUGAGGAGGAUCUGCCUCCUCGGCCUUCUACCGCGGGUUCUGAUCACCGUAAGGUGAUGGGCCAUGUUCCAUCAAACUCAACUGCGGGAGCACGUCUUACCCAUUCAGCCAAUCCCUCUAUUGCUUCCCGCAAUUCUACCUCUAAGAAUGAGGAUAUUGAAUUGAAACCGUUCACGAACACGACCCGCAAGUUAAGCAACCUUGACGAUAUGUAUAUUCACGACAAAGCUCGCUGGUUUCAAUUUUGGAAAGCUCCCGCCGGCGGCUUUGCUUCGCCUGUGCCUCAAGGUGCCGAAGACUCUGAAUUUCCGUUCAAGCAGAAGAGCUUCGGUGAAAAAUUGAAGGCUGUUAUCCCGUUUAUGGGCCAAGACGACGAGACCCCUAUCGAUUAUCCGGAAGCAUUCGACGAAGAGUUCAAAGACGACGGUGGCGAGGGCCAGCCUGAGUGGGAGAAAUGGCUUAAGAAGUCAGAUCGCCCUACCCACCGGCUCGCACGAUUCAACUGGACACCGGGUUUCCUUCCUGGGCUCCCGUACUUGAACAAGAAGGUAGACACCAUUUACUGGUGCAGAGAGGAGCUCGCCCGCUUGAACGUGGAGAUCGAAGAAGACCAGAAACACCCUGAACGUUACCCGCUCAUGAAGUCUGCAUUCAUUCAGUUCAACCACCAAGUUGCUGCCCAUAUGGCAUGUCAAAGUGUGAUACACCACGUACCUAGACAUAUGGCGCCUCGAACAGUCGAAAUCUCGCCCAACGAUGUAAUCUGGGACAACAUGGCCAUGAGCUGGUGGAUGGAGUGGCUCCGCACUGCCGCCAUUUGGGCCUUCGUUGCUGGCAUGAUCAUUCUAUGGGCCAUCCCCGUUGCCUUUACGUCUUCCAUUUCGAACAUUGACUCACUUGUCGACUCCUACCCGUGGCUUGGCUUUCUCCAGGACAACACCACUGUCUGGAAGGCUGUCCAGGCUCUGUCUGGUGUCUUGCCUGCUAUUUUGCUUGCCGUCCUUCUUGCAUUGGUUCCUAUCAUCAUGGAUCUACUUGCUGGCUUUAAGGGAGCCAAGACGGGAUCGCAAAAAGCAGAAUCGGUGCAGAGCUUCUACUUUGCCUUCCUCCUUGUACAGGUGUUCUUCGUUGUUUCACUUUCUGGCAGCAUCUACAACGUCAUUGGAAAACUCGCCCAGAAUCCUGGAAGCAUAGCAGACCUUCUCGCGGACAGUUUACCCCAAGCCGCGAAUUAUUUCUUCUCGUACAUGAUUCUGCAAGCCUUCAGUACGAGCUCCGGUACCCUGCUUCAAAUUGGCGCACUGAUCAACUGGUACAUCAUCGCCAAGAUCAUGAACAGCACAGCGCGUAACAAGUGGAACACGAAUACGAAGCUUCCAACCAUUAGAUGGGGGUCUUAUUUCCCGGUUUACACCAACUUCGCCUGCAUUGGACUGAUCUACUCCGUGGUGGCGCCUGUCAUCUCCAUCUUCGCCAUUCUCACAUUCAGUCUCCUUUGGAUCGCGAACAGAUACAGCAUGCUAUACGUCAACCGCCUAACCAUCGAUACCGGCGGUGUGCUUUAUCCCCGUGCUCUCAACCAGACAUUUACUGGGCUGUACGUCAUGGAGAUUUGCCUGAUAGGCCUGUUCUUCUUGGUCCGAGACCAGGAUGGCAAUGUCGCUUGUACGCCUCAAGCUAUCAUCAUGAUUGUUGCGACAUUCCUCACGGUCGGCUACCAAUUUCUUCUCAACUAUUCAUUUGGACCUUUGUUUCGGUAUCUUCCAAUCACAUUCGAGGACGAAGCUGUAUUGCGUGACGAGGCCUUCCAGCGUGCACAAGAUCGCCGGAUGGGAUUGGUUGACGAUGGAGAUGAAGAAGUCUUUGACAAAGAAGGCCUUCCUGCUCAUCAACACCGUGGCAGUCAUCCCUCCAACGCUGUUGAUGGGACAGGCGAGAAGCAAUCUAGGGGUAAUAAGUUCACGAAUUUCGCGCCCGUCAAGGGUCUUACCCACGCGGGCACUUGGGCAGUCCGCGGCGGAAAGGCGCUCAAGAACCAGACAUACGGACGGGCCGAGCAGGGCGUGAAGAGUGCCGCAAAAUACCGCCAGGAACAGCGUCAAAAGGACCUGGAAGCGCAACGUGCCAUAGGAGAAGCACUUUACGGCGGGUACCAUGACGAAAUCGAGGAUUUGACCCCCGACGAAAGAGACGUCUUGGUCCGACGUGCCUUCAUGCACGAGGCUCUGCGCGCACGUCGGCCAACCGUUUGGAUCCCGCGAGAUGAUCUUGGUAUCAGUGACGAUGAAAUCAGGCGGACCAAUCAGUUCAGUGAGCAUAUUUGGAUCUCUAACGAAGGUACUGCUCUGGACAGCAAGGUCCGCGUGGUGUACGGACGAGCGCCACCAGAUUUCAGCGAGCUGGACUUGAUCAAUCUUUAG